AGACGGUCCCUAAGAAGGGCGCUCCCCGUGUGUGCUCACUGUGCUGGUGCUGAUGCAGACACACUGAAGCAUCUAACCGGACAUAAACCACAGGAGGUGUUUCAAAGUGAUGCUUUGACAGUUUGAAGGGCUUCGUGAGCCAUGGCGGUGCGCUCUGACCUGUUGGGUUCGUCUCAGCCGGUGUUUGAGUCCUGGCCUGCAGCUGGUGGCAGUCCUUUAGAGGAGCUGGACGUCCUGGGCUCACUGAUGGAGGAGAACAGCACAGCAGAGAGAUGUUAUCGCUCUCACUCUCGCAGCAGUGUCCUGCAGGGCCUGCCCUUUGGAGGAGUCCCCACUGUCCUCGCCAUCAACGUCGUUGUGUGGCUGUUCCUGCUUCUAAUCUUCUCCUGUUUGAGGAAGGCAGCGUGGGACUACGGCCGCCUGGCUCUUCUUAUGGAAAAUGACAGCUUGACAUCAUUAUUCUAUGGAGAACAAAGUGAGAAGGAGAAAACCCCAUCAGAAUCCAGCCCAUCAGACUCAGAGACCAAGGACACGGGCUUCUGUUCCUGGCUCACAUCUCUGUCCCACAUGAAGGACGAGGAGAUCCGCAGUAAAUGUGGCAUUGACGCAAUCACGUACCUGUCUUUCCAGCGCCACAUCAUCAUUCUCUUGAUGGUGGUGUGUUUGCUGUCGCUCACCAUCAUCUUGCCCGUCAACCUCUCCGGGAACCUCCUCGGAGAUAGUCCACAGAAUUUCGGCCGAACAACAGUGGUUAAUGUCCCUGCACAGAACACAUUUCUGUGGUUGCACAGUAUCUUUGCCCUGCUGUAUUUUGUGAUCACCGUCCUGUGCAUGGCCCAUCACUCCUCACAACAGAAAUACAAAGAGGACGAGAAGGUGGCCAGAACUCUAAUGAUAACGUCAAUUCCAAGAGAAAUCUCUGAUCCCGGCCUGAUCACCAAACACCUGCAUGAAGCCUACCCCAGCUGCACCGUUACAGACAUCCGGUUCUGCUUUGACGUACAAAAACUAAUGAAGCUGGACUCUGAAAGGCGAAAAGCAAUGAAAGGAAGGCUGUACUUCGCAACCAAAGCUCAGAAGGAAGGCAGGAUCUUGAUAAAGACGCACCCCUGUGCACAGAUCUUCUGCUGUGAUAUAUGUGGCUUUGAACAGGUGGAUGCAGAGCAGUACUACAGUGAGCUGGAGGAGAAACUGACGGAUGAGUUUAAUGCAGAGAAGAACCGGAUCUCUAUGAAGAGGCUGGGCAUUGCCUUUGUUACCUUCAGAGAUGAGAGGAUGACUGCAGUUAUUGUGAAAGACUACAGCCGAGCUCGCUGCCGCCACAGACCCCAGCAGUCCAGCAUUACCACAGUGGUGCGGGCCCAUCAGUGGGGUGUUUCUUAUGCCCCUGCCCCUAAUGACAUCAUCUGGGAAAAUCUGUCCGUGUGCGGUUCUCGCUGGUGGCUCCGCUGCGUCCUGCUCAACAUUAUGCUCUUCCUCUUGCUCUUCUUUCUCACAACCCCUGCUAUCAUCGUAAACACUAUGGACAAGUUCAACGUCACUCGGCCAGUUGAAAGCUUAAGGAACCCAGUAAUUACCCAGUUCUUCCCCACCCUGCUCCUGUGGGCCUUUUCCAUUCUCCUGCCCUUCAUUGUGUACUAUUCAUCUUUCUUUGAGUACCACUGGACCAGGUCCGGUGAGAAUCAGGUCACUAUGCACAAAUGCUUUUUACUGCUGGUCUUCAUGGUAAUCAUUCUACCAUCACUGGGUCUAUCCAGCUUGGAUUUGUUCUUCAGGUGGCUUUUUGACAUCCACUUCCUGGAUGAAACAGAUGUAAAGUUUCAGUGUGUGUUUUUGCCUGAUAACGGAGCUUUUUUUUUAAACUAUGUGAUCACGUCCAGUCUGAUCGGAACGGCCAUGGAGCUUUUGCGUAUUCCUGCCCUACUGGUGUACUCUCUUCGCCUUUGCUUUGCCAAAUCUAAAGCUGAGCGUAUCCACGUUAAAAGAAGUCAGGCCUAUGAGUUUCAGUUCGGUCUUGAGUAUGCCUGGACCAUGUGCAUAUUUUCAGUCAGUAUGACCUACAGCAUCACUUGCCCCAUCAUUGUACCUUUUGGUUUGCUUUACCUCGUGCUGAAGCAUAUGGUAGAUCGGUAUAAUAUCUACUACGCCUAUAUACCCACUAAACUCAGCCAGCGGAUCCAUUCGGCCGCCAUCAGUCAAGUGGUGGUGGCGCCCAUUCUCUGCAUGUUCUGGUUGCUGUUCUUCUCUGUGCUCAGACUGGGUCCAAUGCAGCCCAUCACUCUGUUCACCUUCAUAACUCUCCUGUGCUGUAUUGUCUUCUCCUGCUUUGGAUUUUGUCUGAAAAAACUACGACAUGACAGAUCAACAAGCUAUCAGAUGUCCGAUCAGACGACAGAAGAAGGCUUCAGUGAUGCGGAGAGAAGCACUGUUUCCACCACAACCACAGCUAAUCUUUUUAUAGCCUCUGUCCUGCUGGAGCCAGAGCUGGGCCUGACUCCCAUGCCCUCUCCGGCCCACCAGAGCUACGGCACCAUGAGGAACAGCCAGAGUUCAGUGUGUGACGCUGAAGGAGUGGAGGAAAAGGAUCUGGAGGAAACUUUGGAGACUGAACUCAAGGAUGACACAGAUCCCAGUUGCCCGAGCCCUCUCAUGGACAGUCCUGUGGGUUUCCAGUGACCGACCUGCCCAACGUUCCCUCUCCCUAACUAACGCUCGAGCCCAAUGCCGCAUCUUAGCUAGUGGCUGAUAAAGAGGCACUAUGCUGCAAAAUUUUUCCUCUAGAACCUCCAUUUAAGUGUAAAAGACAACAAAUUGCGUCUAUCCAAGCAAACUUCUUUAAAAGCUUGUUGGGAAUUCACUGACAUGGCGGUUUUAGUUCUGAGGACUUGAGCUUUCAAAGAAAUAUCUGAAGUGGAUAAAAGCAAAGAUCUGUCAAAAAAUGAGACCAGUCCCCUUCUCUUGCUCGGACUAUGCUUUCUACUUUCUUCUAUUUUUCUUUUCACUCUAAUGAUGUUAAUGGGUGUCUGGUGGUUUGGUUGACUGAAGCUUGGAACAUUGCAUUUUGACAGAUUUUUUUGAUGUACUUUUUUAUUCAUAGUCACAUCGUAUAGCUUUAAAGAGUUUAGGCAAUGCUCCAGACCUGCAAAUCCGAUUUGCUUAAUACUUCUUUUGCUGUUGUUACAGUGUGGGCUUACUAUUGUUAUUUUUAUUCAGUACUUGUAUUUUAGCAAUGGUACAUAAUUGUGCAACAUUAUGCUGAGAGGCUGUUUUCAUGUGUUUUCUAUUAGUAGAUUAUUAUUACUGUUAUUAACACCCUCAACCUUUUUUGCAGUGUGCCCCAGAGUCAAUCGCUCCCAGUUAUUGUUUGUUUUUCAGUGACAAUAGCAGUUGUGUUGUACAUACUGCCGUCAAUUGGCACUACAUAAUAUUUCAAAGUCA